GCGGCGAGGGUACGUCACCAAGACGACGUGUUCCACAGACCUGCACCCAUCCCUCCCUCCAACACCUUCCACGCUCCGUAAAUUCGUGGCGGCUCAUUCCAACCAAGACCACAACAUAAACUCGUCCUCCUUAUCAGCUUACGAGCAGUUCAGAUCGAGAGGCUCAUACAUGACACCCAAGUCUCGUGGUUACCUGGACGAGAAUCAUCAGUAUCACCAAAUACAACCACAGAGGACGUGGACAGCUGGCCCCAGGCUGGAUUAUGACGAUGACAUCACCACAAGGGAUCCUGCCAUUCCUGAAAACCCUGAGGGACUAAACAAUCCUCACCUCCUAGUUGGUCUCUGGGAGGAGGAGCCCACCGUCAGGAUCAGCGACGCCGUCUUCAGAGGUGUGAACGGUAGCGUGGUGGGCGCACAGGCUGGUACAACAGCCAACCUCCCCUGCGUUAUCUACAACAGAGCGGACCACGAGACUGUGUCGUGGAUCAGACUUCGUGAUCAUCACAUCAUUACUGUCGGCCGCCAGACGUACAGCAAUGACGAUCGCUUCUCAGUCACCUACAACCGACACCUCAACGAGUGGACGCUACACCUGCGGUACGCCCAGGCGAGGGACGCGGGCGAGUACGUAUGCCAGCUGUCAACACAUCCACCCAUGGUCUUCAUCUCGACACUGACCAUCACACAAGCGUCGGCGGAGAUAGCUGGAGGUCCGGAGAUGCAUGUACAGGAAGGAAGCGCCGUGGUGCUCAACUGUAGCCUCCGUCAACACACCCAGACACCUGACUACGUCUUCUGGUACCACAACCGCACCAUGAUCAACUUCGACAUCAAUAGACAGGUGUCGGUAAAAAAGACAGGGGAUGGCAGCAUCUUGACCCUGACAGCUGUGGGCCGCACUGACUCUGGGAACUACACUUGCCUUCCUGCCAACGCCCGGCCCGCCUCCAUCACGCUACAUAUCAUAGCUGGUGACGCUCCGGCAGCCAUGCAGGUGUCAGGAACGAGUGGGAGGCGACCAGACCUGCUGCCGCUACUGCUUCUGCUCCUGCUGGUGGGAACUGUUACUCCAACUUCCUGCCCACCAACGUCAUCGUGAUAGACACAUGGGACUGGUAGCAACCAAGAGGACAUCAUCUCUCUUACCUGCAGCUGUGUGUUUGUACAGUAGUGUUUAAGACAUUUUCACAUAUACCGAACGAAAACAAAAAUAAUACGUGUGUAAAUAAAUUAUCACGGAAGCAGAACGGAUUAUUCAGUGUAAAUAGUCAAUAUUAUUAUGUGUACGUAACGGAAAACUAAAUGUAAAUACAGCUGCAUAUUUAGAACGGGAAACUCGCUGCAUGUACAAAUACUACUAUAUAUAUAGAUAUAUAUAGACAUAUACGGAGCUGAAAACUCUAGUGACUGUAAAUAUGGAAACCAAAUAUUUGGGAAACGAAUUCGUAAUAACAGUUUUUCAGUGUCCAUUGAUUGGCAGUCAACUAGUGUGGUCGGCAGAACUCGGCUGGUGUAGAUGGCGUGAGGGAGUCAGUUACUGCGUGGACAAGGUUAAUAGCGACAGUCAAUACAGUUAACACUUUACCGACAGGAAGAGUUACAGCGACAGUGAUGGUGACAAGAACGACGACUGUGGCGACGAGUGAGUCAAGUGAAAAACAAACAGUAAGAGCAAAAGAAAAGGUAAGAAUUUAGUACCUACAUCAGUGGUGAAGGUUGUUACUUAAACAAACCAAGAGUUUUAAAAGAUGAAAAUAAACCACGUAUGAGAAGAAUCGGCAGCAGACAAUGGUGGGAGUGUUAAAGACAAUAGUGGUUUAUAGAGGCCAAAGUGUGUGUGGAUUAGAGUGUGUGUGUGUGUGUGUGUGUGUGUCGAAAGCAAUAGUAGUGACUCGCCAAACAUGACUGGCCGUGCAUAACAAAGCGAUCAAAUAACAUCAGUAGCUUACAUGACAACACCCACUACAGUAACAGGGAGGAAACAAGACAAAAAUAUUACUACUUGUGUUACAGGUUACAGAAGGUCAAUAAUGAAACGCCUGAUUUACUCCUCAGCUUUGACCUGUUCUUACCCGUGCGUCGACCACUAUUACCGAUAGCUACCGAGUCGAAUACAUCCUUGCCAACUACUGCAUCAGAUACUUGUUUUAUUCGACCACUGUGUUAACUUAUCCAUUAAUGUGUUGACUGUUGGAGUACCUCUCUUCCUGCCGUAGCGAACAGCAAUAUCCUGACGACGCUACAACACCAUACUGCACAGUUCUCUUCGCCCUACCACUAGAAGUCUGCUGGUAUUAAGUGACUAGAAGGAUCAGCAGCUGCCACCUCUCGUUCUAUGUGAUAACCUGUACAUGUUGUCAGCAUAACCACGUAAGACAAUGACCAAAAUUAACCCUGUCAUGUUUGUUAUUGUGUCACAGCUGGUUGACAAGGGACAAGUUGGCCAGUGUUUCUUAGUGAUACGAAUUGCCAGCAAAAAAACUCCCGGAAAAUGACCAAAUUUAUUAUGCCUCAUGCUUAAUAAUUUCUAUCAUAUUUAAAAGGUAAAUAUAUAAGGGGGACUUUGGUGGUGAGUGUCGGUGUGUGAUAUCCAAUGCAAAUAAACUCGCAUCUAAACAAUUUGCUAAGCUUAUGAUGCCUAUGUUCUUUAUCUUUAUUAUAUUUUGAAAGAUAACUAAAAAAAAAUAAAAAUAAAAAUCAUUGGCGAGUGUUGAUGCCACGUAAUGGGGAGGUGAGGUGAGGGAACUAAUGAUGCCUUGGGUUUAAAGCUUCACUCACCACCACCACCCUUAAUGACCCUACGAGUAUAAUGGUGUAUAACUUCUCUCAUUCACUCGGAGUCUCAUUACACUUAUAUAUGUCAUGGGUACUAAUUUUUGUUUUUCUUUGAACACUUAAUCUGUACUAAUAAUGCUACAGUGGAAACAUAAUUCACUGUAUAUGGUCAAGGGGAAGUUGGAGAUAGUCUGUUUGUUCUAGUUAUCGAGGUAUAUUAAAGUAUGUAGUUCCAUCAGCUCACACCAUGAAAUGAGUGGCAGAUCUGCUCAGUGAUCGUGAAGAUACAGAAGUGACUUGAGAAUUAAUGGUGAUUACAAAAUGGUGAACGAAAUGUGACCUUGUGCUGUGUUAGGUCUUUUUCUGUCUCUCUGUCUCUGUCUGUCUCUCUAUCUCUCAAUUUCUUAUUUACUCCAUUUAUAUUCACCCAAUGUUGCUUUAAUGAUGUAUUUAUCCCUGUCUGUCCCUAAUUUUUUUCUAUCAACCCGUUAAUUUCUGUCCAUCUAAAAUAUUUCAUUCGCUAUAUAACAUUUACCUGUCUGUUAGUCCACCUGUCUAUUUAUCUACUUAAUAUAUUAGAAUAUUAUUCUGUCCGUUUGUUUGUUUGUGUCAUCAUAUCUUAUGCAUCCAGCUACUAUCAAGGUAAUCAUUCCCUCUCCCUCCUUUUACUAUUAUCGUCUAAGUUAAGGCUUCACUCACCAACUAUUGCCAAGUUUUCCAUAUUUGGGUAAUUUUGGCUCUAAGUUUCAGUCCUUGUUUAUAUAUAAGAAGAUCUUGAAGGGAACAGCACGUAAACUUGGGUCCCAUGUGAUGUGUUUCCUGAGAUAACAACUAUGUGUACCUCAGUGUGAUGAUCCUUAAGGCUGUAGUAUCAUGUAUGGUUCAACAGCGAGCACUAAGAGAGGUGAUGAGGUUAGGGAAGAGUGUCAUCUGGCUGUGAGGGUUUAGUGUGGUCCACAAGGCUGGCUGUCUGGGACGACUUUCAAGGAAAUUAGACUGUCAGCGGCACAGUAAGUUGUCAAGACACUUGGACUGUCUAGUUGGUGACAGCGAGUUACAAAUGGCCUGCUGUCUGAGAUGGUUGUUAGCGAUAAUCACCUGUCAGGAACAAAGCAGUCGUCUUCUCUGUCUCAGUCAUUGAAGAGAUAAAUGUUGCUCAAAACAGUACACGAAGCUGAGAGAGAAAAAAAAAACUUGCAAGACGCCUCAAACCUGACGUAUUGGUAUGUUGUGUCAGGCACCCAGCCAUGGCACGUCUCAGUAAUACAUUAUUUAUUAGAUUAAUUUCACAUUUGAGAUUAUCUUUAUAUCAGUAACUGCUCGACCUUUAUAGACUAAAUAAAAAAAUAUCAACUCGUAAAAUGCCGACGACAUUUAAUUAAUUUUAAACAAAUAUUUCAUAACUAUAAUACUGAUUAAAAUAAAUAUAUUAUUUCACGUUGACUAUUACUAACUAUAUUAAUGACGUCGCUCCCGGUAAUUAGUAUCCAGCUUGUUGUGUAAUUAACUUGUAAAAAAAUAAUAUAAUGUUAUUCGUCUUUAGUGUCAACAGAUAUAUAACACGUACGAGUCAGUCACACAACGAUAACUGCUACCGACCAACGAUCCCUACUGUGCCAGUCAGACCAGCAAACCAACUGGCUUCACUGUCCAGACAGACCAGCAGACCUAAAAGCCUUUGUUCCAGCCAGCGUGUAGACCAACGACCUUUUGCACCACCGCCCCGUAGAGAAGUGAAGAUGUACACCACCUCACAUUCCUAACAUUUCAGAACUUCUUAGACACGAACCAUCAAGAAACAUUUAUGUAAACAUUGUAUCCGGCUGCCUGUUGCACUACCUUACUGGCCCUGAUCCUGUUACCUAUUAUAUAUAUAUAUAUAUAUAUAUAUAUAUAUAUAUAUAUAUAUAUAUAUAUAUAUAUAUAUAUAUAUAUAUAUAUAUAUAUAUAUAUAUAUAUAUAUAUGUAAAUCAUGAGCAUUGAAACCCGUUGUAAAUAUUUAUAGAAACUGUGGACACCACAAUAUUUUGUAAAUACAUUGUUAGCUGUGGAGACAAACGUCUGUUGUAUAUACAAUGUUGCGCUUCUUCAAGAAACAGUGUUACUGCUGAGUGUGUGUAGUACUGAGAGGGGAGGCGGCACGUCACUACUGGUGUUGUCUUACAAUACUCCGCUGAUGUAACCUGUGUUUACUACAUAAGUCGUCUCCCUUAUUAAGAAUCAUUGCCCGUGUUUGUUUACUUUUGAACUUUUUAACUUUGGUAUAAGAGAAGUAGAUUUACUAUUACAUUAUUCUAAUAAAAUAAAUUGUUUAAUUUCCUUUUCCGUUUGAAUACCAGUAGAGCAGCGCCUGGUAGGGGUCUCAGAGGGGUCGUGCGCCACCCUCCCUCCAUCUCUUAUUCACUACAUAACAUGGUGAGUGAAGGUCUCGCAGUAAACCUUUGUCUUUCCUUCCGCAUUGAUAUAUACAUUAUAUAUCUCAACGUGUCGUCGUCACAAACUGUUGUCAACCUUCAUGAUUUGUGACCUGUAUACCACACACCUGCCUCCCCGCGGCCCCAAGGCCUUAUCCAACACCUCCUUCUUUGACACAACCGACAAAGUGAUGCAAAAGCACUUAAUAUUUUGCUGGGCCACCGUGUGUUAUUGUGGCCAAGUUGCUGGGACGCUAUGUUUUUUGUGGCCAUAUUGUUGAGAUACUGUGUCAUGUUGUGGCCAUGGUAUGUUACUGAGCCACCAUAUGUUCCUGUGGCCAUAUUACUGGGAUUUCAUGUGUUGUUGUGGCCAUAUCGUUGAGAUACCAUGUGCUGCUGUGGCCAUGGCAUGUUAUUGGACAUUAUAUGUUCCUGUGGCCAUGAAGUAUUAUGUCACCCCUACUAUAUUUCCACGCAGUGUGUCGUUGUAUUGCUGUGGCCAUGAUACCUUGCUGUGGUGCAGUGUGUUGUUAUGGCCACGGUACAAUUCUAUAGCUAUGGUACAUUGCCGUGGCCAUGGUAUCUUGCUAUGACCAUGUUAUGUUGCUGUGGCCAUGGUAUAUCACCAUGGCCAGAAUAUGGUGUAUGGCCAGAUCAUUGUGGUGCCGUCAGGAUAAGAAUGUGUGAUGGGAACCAUGUAUGAGUGGCCACGGGAUGUCAUACCUGAUACGUACACACCUGACUGCUCACUAAUGCCUCCAUCAGUACAUAUCGUGAACUGAAGAACAUAUGGACACUUUAACAUACACACUUUGAAGAACACUGAACACUUAAAUACUUAUAAAGAAAACACAUUUGAUCAUUGAACACAAAAUAUCAUACACAUUUGAACACCGAACACUUGAAUUUUAAUAGACUGAACAACAUUUGCACACUGAACAUAUAGAUGUUCAGUUGGUGAUCCUAUCAAAAUUACGUUAAGGAACGCUUCAACAUUACGAGUGAAAAUAUCAAUAGUUUGCUAGAUAACAUUCAACCUGUAACCAGAUUCAUUUUCCGUUGGUGAACAAAAUUAACACUAUUGGCGAACAUAUUAACAUUCUUUAGAUAAAAUUAUUAACCAUUGUGUUAAAUACUCAGGUUUCCACGUAUACAAAAUAUUAACAAUACAUUGGUUAACAUUCCAUCUGUGAACUCUCACUAAUAUUAAAUUGUGAAAGUAAGAUUAUAAUAUGGAGACGGUGUUUACGUUGUGCUACGGAAGGUGUUUAGUGUCGGAAAAGGCGUUUACAGUGUCAAAACCGUAUUCAGUGGCAGAGAAAGUGUUCGGAGUGUGUCAAAAACUAAAAAAAAAAAUGCGUUUAGACGGUGUGUCCAACAAGACAUCCACAGCACGUCAAAUAUCACAAAAGGUGUUCACAGCAUUAGAGAAAAUAUUUACAAUAUAUCAACAAAGACAAUUUUCACAGUGUCAACAUAUUUUUUUUUCCACUAUGGUGUUAGAGAAGAUGUCCACAGUGAGCCACAAAAGGUGUUCAUAGUAUCAGAAGAAUAUAUCAACACUGGCCAACAUAUUAGCUGUGGGCUGUACUAUAAGACCCACAUCCUCUCAAUGUACAUCACUCAUGUUUUCCUCUGUGUGUCCCCCUGGGUGACGGCUCGUAUCAAGAGACCUUUUUCCCUCGGGGUAAUAAGAUAAACAAACCACAAAUGUUAUAGUUGUUUUUAGAUAUAAAUAAAGGGUAUUAUUACCUAGA